AUGAGUGAGGCUCUAUUUUUGGCCUAUCAAAAUCUGGGUGACUACCUCUCUUUAAGCAGCUGGUUCCCUUGCUUCACGCUCAAGAAACUAUUACUUCAACUCAGAGAAAGUUCAGAUAAGAAGAGAAAGCAAUACGACAACCAAACCAGUAGUUGUUUUGAGUACAGCAGCAGCAGCGGGUGGCAGAGAGUACACGAAGAUAUCAUGGAGAUGAUUGUACGGCGCUUGAGUUUAAGGGAUCGAAUUCGCACAGGUCUUGCCUGCAAGUCUUGGAAUUCAGUUUGUAUGCGAGGACACAUCCGCGGUGCUCAAGAAGCGCCCUGGUUAGUUCUUCCUCAGGAUCCAAAUUGCAAGUACAUGUCGGUUACCAACCUUGCCGACGGCAAAGUUCACAAGUUGAGGCUGCCUAAGCGAAUUCAUGGAAGUCGGUUUUAUGGCUCUUCAAGAGGUUGGUUAAUUAUGAUCCAAGAAAAAAGAUUGAAUUCUAAAAUGUUUCUGUUCAACCCGGUUUCAGGAGCCUUAUGCCAACUUCCACCAUUGGCGACAAUUCCAUCUUUCAAAGAGUUUGUAGAAACAGAAUGGGAUUUGUGUGGUACCAGCUUUUUCUUUAAUCACAUUGUGCUAUCCACCUCAGAUAUUAAUAAUUCAGAAUGUAUGGUGGCAGCAAUAUUUGAUAAUUUACAGGUGUUGGUUAUGUGUAGACCUGGAGACAAAACAUGGAGUGGCUUCCAGGUAUUAGAUGAAAAUGAACAUCAUUGCCAAUUAUUGUUUUCUAGUACUGGUAAGUUAUACUCCUUGGCUAUUAGUUAUAUUAAGAGUGAGCUCAUCCAACCUCGCACUAUAAAAUUUGGAGAUGUGGAAGUGGAAUUGAUCUUAGUCUAUGAUAACGCGGACUGGAUUGUCAGUGACAUUGAGUAUCAUAAUGACUACAAAAUCAGUUUAAAUGGGGAAUACGAAUCAUUCUUGUUUGAAUCAACCAACAAUGAAGUCUUGGUGAUCCAUCAAACGAAAGAUGAGGGCGACACUGACUACGAUGAUUAUCAAUAUUUCAGGACUGCUGGUUUUGAAGUUUACAAGAUUGAUCCUGAGACUGGUGACUUUCUUAAGGAACAAAGUUUGGGGGAUCAAACAUUAUUUUUGAGCUCGCAUGGUUCCUUCUCUCUUCGGGCGAGCGAUUUCAUAGAGUUAGACAGAAACAACAUUUACUUUGCAACAAAUGGAAUCGACCCCUUUAAUGUUCACAAACCAUUUACAACUCGUGAGAUCGGCAUCUUCUGCCUUGAUAAUGAAAGAGUUGAGAGAUCCUUUCCAAGUGUCCAAGAGUCAAUGGGGUCUCGAAUGAGUUGGUUUACUCCAAGUUUGUAA